AUGGAUGAAAAUGGCCAGUUGGAUGGAAAAUCAAAUGUAAUGGAUGCACUUAGUUUUGUAAUGGGAGAGAAAAUAGUUAAUUUAAGAGUGAAAAGUAUUCAGGAACUUAUUCAUGGAGCACACAUUGGAAAACCUGUUUCUUCCUUUGCAAGUGUACAAAUUGUAUAUGUAGAGGAAGAUGGAGAAGAGAAGAAAUUCUCAAGGAUUAUUCAAGGAGGAUGCUCAGAAUUUUAUUUUAAUGAUAAUCUUGUGAGUCGUUCUGCUUAUGUCGCAGAGCUAGAAAAGAUAGGUAUAAUAGUCAAAGCACAGAACUGUUUAGUUUUUCAGGGAACUGUAGAGUUGAUUUCCAUGAAAAAACCCAAAGAAAGAACCCAGUUUUUUGAGGAAAUCAGCACUUCAGGAGAACUUAUAGGCGAAUAUGAGGAAAAGAAAAAGAAGUUACUAAAAGCUGAAGAAGAUGCACAGUUUAAUUUUAAUAAGAAAAAAAGUGUGGCUGCAGAGCGUAAGCAGGCAAAAUUAGAGAAAGAUGAGGCAGAACGCUACCAGAGUCUCCUUGAAGAACUAAAAGCACACAAGAUAGAGCUGCAGCUUUUCCAACUGUACUACAAUGGGAAAAAAAUUGAUUAUCUGAGCACCGAGUUAGAGCGUGUGAAUAGAGACUUGGGUGUUACAAAAGAGUCCUUUUGUCAUCAUGAAAACAUAAUGAAAGCCAAGAAAAAGGAGCAUGGAGUGCUGUCGAGACAACUGCAACAAACAGAGAAAGGACUGAAGUCUAUUGAUACACUUUUAAAUGUGAAGAGGCCUCAGUAUAUUAAGGCUAAAGAAAACACUUCUCACCACCUCAAGAAAUUGGAAGAAUAUAAGAAAACAAUAAAGGAUGGUGACAAACAAUGUUCUAAACAAGAAGGUGACAUAAGAGUCCUGGAGAAAGAACUGAUUGAUUUAGAUAACACAUGGAAACUUUUUGAGAAGCAGGUUGAAGAAAAAAUCUUACAUAAAGAAGACAUUGAGCUGGAAGCUAGUCAGCUGGAUUGUUACAAAGAACUAAAGGAGCAAGUAAGAAAGAAAGUAGCUAUAAUGACACAACAGUUGGAAAAACUACAGUGGGAACAGAAGACAGAAAAAGAAAGACUGGCAUUCGAAAAGAGACGGCAUGGAGAAGUUGAGGGAAAUCUGAAGCAAAUAAAAGAACAAAUAGAAGAUCAUAAAAAACGAAUAGAGAAAUUGGAGGAGUAUACAAAGUCAUGCAUCUGUGCAAAUGGCAUGUGUGGGAGCCGUUUCCUAACCAGCCUGGCCCUGCAGAGCCCUCUGCACUUGGCCAGCGUCCAGCUGUCCCUCAUAUCUUAUGAUAUUCGUAAGGACAGUGAGUCUCUGCAUCCUUUCUCUGAGUUUGGAAGACUGCUUGACCUGUGUCAUCCUAUUCAUAAGAAAUACCAGCUGGCAGUGACUAAGGUUUUUGGCCGGUACAUGGUUGCCAUAAUCGUCACUUCUGAAAAGGUAGCAAGGGAUUGUAUUCGAUUUCUGAAGGAGGAGAGAGCAGAACCUGAGACAUUCCUCGCUCUCGAUUACCUUGAUAUCAAGCCAAUUAAUGAAAGACUAAGAGAGCUUAAAGGCUGCAAAAUGAUGGUUGAUGUUAUAAAGACUCACAUUCCUCAGCUGAAGAAAGUGAUUCAGUUUGUAUGUGGAAAUGGCCUGGUCUGUGAAACUGUGGAGGAAGCAAGACACAUUGCAUUUGGCGGACCUGAGAGACGGAAAACAGUAGCCCUUGAUGGAACUCUGUUUUUAAAGUCUGGGGUGAUCUCUGGAGGAUCAAGUGACUUACGACAGAAGGCUAGGUGCUGGGAUGAGAAAGAGAUAAAGACUCUCAAAGAUAAAAGGAACCAGCUGGUUCAGGAACUCAAGGAUUUGAUGAAAGCACUCCGCAAGGAAAUAGAUUUGAAACAAAUACAGACCCAAAUACAAGGAACUCAGACACGACUCAAGUAUUCACAGAGUGAACUGGAGAUGAUUAAGAAGAAGCAGCUUGCUAAUUUUUCCAGGGAACAAUCUCAACUACAAAGCGAAUUACUAAACAUAGAGGCUCAGUGCACUAUGCUGAGCCAAGGAAUCACAGAACAGCAGCAGAAAAUCGAAGAUUUUCAAGAGAAGAUAGACAAGGUUGAAGAUGACAUAUUCCAAAAGUUUUGUGAAGAAAUUGGCGUAGCAAAUAUUCGUGAAUUUGAGAAUAUACAUGUUAAACAGCAUCAAGAAGUUGACCAAAAAAGAUUGGAAUUUGAAAAACAGAAAACUCGGCUUAAUGUUCAGAUUGAAUAUAGUCAAAACCAACUUAAGAAGAAACUGAGCAAGAUCAACACAUUAAAAGAAACACUCCAGAAAGAUAGAGAAGAAACUGAUAAGCUAAAGAAGAUGGAAGAUGACUGUCUCCAAGAGGUGGAUGACCUCAUGGCGAAACGGCAGCAAUUUAUGGACAUGUUUGUCACUCAGAACUCUGACACUGAGAAAGCUCAAACUCAGAUUGAAGAGGAACGGAAGAAGAUUUUGGCCAUUGAUAGGGAUUUGGACAAAUUGCAAAAGGAAAUUGUAAUCAUUCAGACAUCUCUGGAACAGAAACGACUAGAGAAGCAUAACUUGCUGCUUGAUUGCAAAGUUCAAGACAUUGAAAUCAUUCUCUUGUUGGGAUCCCUGGAUGACAUCAUUGAAGUGGAGUUGGGGACUGGAACAGAAAGUACCCAGGCGACAACGGACAUCUAUGAAAGGGAGGCGGCCAUGGAAAUAGACUACAGCUCUCUACGGAGUGACUUAAAGGCCCUGCAAAGAGACAAAGAAGUACAGGUCUACUUGACUCUCUUUCGGGAGCAAAUAGCAGCCAAAGAAGACAUUCUGCUGAAGACAGCAACCCCAAACCUGCGAGCCCUGGAGAACUUAAAGAAUGUCAGAGACAAGUUUCAAGAGUCCACAGAUGCAUUUGAGGCCAGCAGAAAGGAAGCCAGAAUAUGCAGGCAGGAGUUUGAGCAGGUGAAGAAGAAGAGAUUCGACCUUUUCAGCCAAUGCUUUGAGCACGUCUCCAUCUCAAUUGACCAGAUCUACAAGAAGCUCUGCAGAAACAGCAGUGCCCAGGCAUUUCUUAGCCCAGAGAAUCCUGAAGAGCCGUACCUGGAGGGAGUCAGCUACAACUGUGUGGCUCCAGGAAAACGGUUUAUGCCGAUGGACAACUUGUCAGGCGGGGAAAAGUGCGUGGCAGCUCUGGCUCUCCUGUUCGCUGUGCACAGUUACCGGCCUGCCCCAUUCUUUGUUCUAGAUGAAGUGGAUGCAGCCCUGGACAAUACUAACAUUGGCAAAGUGUCAAGUUACAUCAAAGAGCAGACUCAAGAACAGUUUCAGAUGAUCAUCAUCUCCCUGAAAGAAGAGUUCUAUUCCAAAGCUGACGCUCUCAUUGGCAUCUAUCCUGAGCACAAUGACUGCAUGUUCAGCCGAGUUCUGACUCUGGAUCUUUCUCGGUAUCCAUGUGACCUUCCAGGCCAAGAAGGCAAAAAACAGCAGGAUGCUCAAGAGUCCAGAGACUCCCAUUCCCGUUAG